AUGCCGACCAUAGCCUGCCACAUCCAGAUGCUGCGUCCUGGCGAGGCCACCAAGGCCCACCGCCAUACUGCCAGCGCCGUCUACCACGUGGUGCAGGGACGCGGCCGCUCGGUGGUCAACGGCCAGGCCAUCGACUGGGAGGACAAGGAUGUGUUCUGCGUCCCAGGCUGGAACUACCACGAGCACGCCAACGCAUCAGACACCGAGCCUGCCGUCCUGUUCAGCUUCACCGAGGCACCGGUGCUACGCGCGCUGAGCCUGCUGCGAGAGCAGGCCCACCCUGACGGGAACCAGAAGUAA